UACAUAAACUGAUAAACCAGUCAUACAGCUGUAAGUCAUUGUCUUUUAUCCUCCAACAGUCAACAGUGAAUAUUAUUACUUGUAAUUAUUAAAUUCCAUUCACAUUUUUGUCACAUAUUCCUCUGCUACAAUAACUAAUCGUUGCUGAUACUGCAGGCCUAUAGUUCAUUAACUGUCUUCUGACUAAUGAGUAAACCUUAUAAUUAGUAACUGGUGUCACAAGGUUCAUACUUUGAUUUGUUAGGAGCACACACAUAAUAAAGACUUUUAAACUUUAUUGUAAAUUAUGUCUAGUCAUUGUGUUGUUUUGACAUUUUACACAUAUUUAUUUAAUUCCUUACUUUCCUGUUUCAUUCAAUAUCAAAGUCACAGACUUGAAGUCCUGCUUCACUGCCCUUAAAGUCGAAGCUCUCUCUGCAUAAGAGCAACAGCCUGUUUCAAACGCAGCACUUCAUUGUGCAUUCACCAGCCGCGACUCCCGCAUCAAAUGCGUUUCGUCCACAAUGCAUUUUUUUUUUUUUUUACCGAGAGGCUCUGCCGCCUUCCCGAGGCCAGAUACGCAGGCGUCGGGGUGACCGCGGUCGGACACUGCGGUGAGAACCGGAGUCCCGUCCCGAGGUCAAACUGUUGCCGUUUGUCUGAAACCUGCCGCUACCUGUUAGGACUGUGCGUGUGUUUGCGUUGCUGCGUGUGACGGAGAGAGAGCGAGAGUGACGGGGGUCGAGCGAGAGAGAGAGAGAGAGAGAGAGAGAGAGAGAGAGAGCGAGGUGCUGGACAGACGCAGCAGCAGACGUGCCCGCUCCCGUCUUUCUCUAUCGCGCACUCGGCAGCAGCGCGUUGACGCACCGCACAGAGUUGGAUUAUAGUCCCGCGCGCUGGUCUUUCGGGGGUUUUUUUCUCCUCCUUCUUCUUCUUUUUCUCUCACGUCGCCUGCACCCGUGUCAUUCACCGGCCAUCGACAUAUGACCGGGAUCAAUGUUUCUCCACCGCCGUGACCUCUGCCGAGCUUUUUGGGGGAAACCGAGCGCCGCCGCCGCCGCCUCCUCACCGGACGCGUGUCGCGAAUCCAUAACCGAGACAGCCUCACCUGGAUUGCGUUUGCGUCCGAAGUGUGUGUGAGAGCGUGCGUCUCUCGGGUCAGUGACAGACUACUUUCGUUGACUUGGUGCCACCCACACACGCGCGCACAUCUUCACACGCAGCGCGUCGGCUGGAUUUGGGCACCGCAUGCCGGGGACGUGUGGAAGUUUGCGCCGCCGUAGCGCAGCCAGAGAGCCGGUGCGCCGUCCCGACGACCUCCCGUCUCCUCGCCCAGGGGACGCGAACCCCCGCCACACGGCUUCCGCGCGUCGCCAGCCUCCCACGGAGACCCAAAUGUAAAAUCAGAGCGAUCCAGGAGCACACACCUAAAAAAACGGAGGACGGCAUCCCGUUGCGUGCAGAGUUUCACGAGCUCCUUCACGGAUUUCGGGGCUUUUUUCCCCCUCCUCUUUCUCAACGCCCUCGCGCUCUCUCCACAUCCCGUGGAUCUCACGUUGGCCCCCCACUUGCCGCAGUGAUGGGAGCUCCGAGCCCCGUGGGCGCCAGCCUCUCCCCGGCCGCCGCGCUGGGGCUGCUGCUGCCGCUGGCCGUGCUGGUCCUGGGCAGCGGCGCGGACGGCCAGCCGUGCCCGGCGCCGUGCUCCUGCACCGGGACCACGGUGGACUGUCACGGCCAAGGGCUCCGCGGCGUGCCCCGGAACAUACCCCGCAACGCGGAGCGACUGGACCUGAAUGCAAACAACCUCACUAAAAUCACCAAGGCAGACUUUGCAGGACUGAGGCACCUGCGAGUGUUGCAGCUAAUGGAGAACAAAAUCACUACGAUCGAGAGAGGAGCCUUCCAGGACCUGAAGGAGCUGGAGAGACUACGCCUGAAUCGGAAUAACUUGGCCGUCUUCCCUGAGCUGCUCUUCCUGGGAACUACAAAGCUUUACAGACUAUGCGUUCUCCUCUGUAGCCGACCGUCUGACGUGACUUUCACCAGAAGACGUCCUCCAAUAGACUCUGACAUCUUUAAAGCCUCCUUUCCUUUGUGUGUGUGUGUGUGUGUGUGUGUGUGUGUGUGUGUGUGUGUGUGCGUGUGCAGCCAGUUGGACUACAACCACAUCAGCUGCAUUGAAGAUGGAGCGUUCCGAGCGCUGCGCGACCUGGAAGUGCUCACCCUCAACAACAACAACAUCAGCCGGCUGUCCGUGGCCAGCUUCAACCACAUGCCCAAGCUGCGGACCUUCCGACUGCACUCCAACAACCUGCAGUGUGACUGCCACGUGGCCUGGCUGUCGGAGUGGCUGCGACAGCGCCCCCGCCUGGGCCUCUACACGCAGUGCAUGGCCCCGCCGCACCUGAGGGGCCACAACGUGGCCGAGGUGCAGAAGAAGGAGUUCGUGUGCACAGGUCACCAGUCGUCAUCAUCUUCCUCCUGUAGUGUGUUACAGUGCCCGGAGUCUUGCACCUGCAGUAACAACAUUGUGGACUGCAGAGGGAAAGGGCUGACAGAAAUCCCCACCAACCUGCCCGAGACCAUCACCGAGAUACGACUGGAGCAGAACGCCAUCAAGGUGAUCCCGGCCGGGGCCUUCAGUCCGUACAAGAAGCUGCGCAGGAUAGACCUGAGCAACAACCAGAUAUCAGAGCUGGCCUCGGACGCCUUCCAAGGGCUGCGCUCCCUCAACUCUCUGGUGCUUUAUGGGAACAAGAUCACUGAGAUUUCCAAAGGACUAUUUGAGGGACUUUUUUCUCUGCAACUAUUGUUGUUGAAUGCUAAUAAGAUCGCGUGUCUGCGUGUGGAUGCGUUUCAGGACCUCCACAACCUCCACCUGCUGUCGUUAUAUGACAACAAGCUUCAAACCAUCGCCAAGGGAACCUUCUCCUCGCUCAGAGCCAUACAAACACUUCACUUGGCACAGAACCCGUUCAUCUGCGACUGCCACCUGAAGUGGCUGGCCGACUACCUGCAGGACAACCCCAUCGAGACGAGCGGCGCCCGCUGCACCAGCCCCCGGCGGCUGGCCAACAAGCGCAUCGGGCAAAUCAAGAGCAAGAAGUUCCGCUGCUCAGGUACCGAGGAUUACCGCAGCAAGCUGGGGGGGGACUGCUUCGCCGACCUGGCCUGCCCCGAGAAGUGCCGCUGCGAGGGCACCACGGUGGACUGCUCCAACCAGAAGCUCACCAGGAUCCCGGACCACGUCCCUCAGUACACGGCCGAACUGCGGCUGAACAACAAUGAAUUCACCGUGCUUGAGGCGACCGGGAUCUUCAAGAAGUUGCCGCAGCUAAGGAAGAUAAACCUGAGUAAUAACCGUAUUACAGACAUAGAGGAGGGCACAUUCGAUGGCGCAUCGGGCGUCAACGAGCUGAUUCUGACCUCCAACCGGCUGGAAAACGUACACCACCGCAUGCUGAAGGGCUUGAGCGGCCUCCGCACGCUGAUGCUGAGGAGCAACCGCAUCAGCUGCGUGAGCAACAGCAGCUUCGUGGGGCUGAGCUCCGUGCGCCUGCUGUCGCUCUACGACAACCAGAUCACCUCCAUGAACCCCGGGGCCUUCGACACGCUGCACUCCCUGUCCACCCUCAACCUCCUGGCCAACCCCUUCAACUGUAACUGCCACCUGGCCUGGCUCGGGGACUGGCUGAGGCGCAAGCGCAUCGUCACCGGCAACCCUCGCUGCCAGAGUCCCUACUUUCUGAAGGAGAUCCCCAUCCAGGAUGUCGCCGUCCAGGACUUUGCCUGCGAAGACGGUAACGACGAGAACAGCUGUUCUCCAGCUCUGCGGUGUCCUGCAGAGUGCUCCUGUCUGGACACGGUGGUGCGCUGCAGCAACAAGGGCCUCAGCACGCUGCCCAAAGGCCUUCCCAAGGAAACCACGGAGCUGUAUCUGGACGGUAACCACUUCACUCAGGUUCCAGUGGAGCUCUCCAAUUACAAGCACUUAACGCUCAUCGAUUUGAGUAACAACCAGAUCAGCACGUUGUCCAACCACAGCCUCAGUAACAUGUCCGAGCUGCUUACGCUAAUCCUGAGCUACAACCGUCUGCGGUGUAUACCAGCGAAGGCCUUUGACGGACUCAAGUCUCUGCGUUUGUUAUCUCUCCAUGGCAACGACAUAUCGCUGAUACCAGAGGGAGCCUUCAAAGACCUGUCAUCCCUUUCUCACCUCGCCCUCGGUGCUAACCCUCUCUACUGUGACUGCCACAUGCAAUGGCUGUCAGACUGGGUAAAGAGCGGCUACAAGGAGCCGGGCAUAGCCCGCUGUGCCGGCCCCGGGGACAUGACCGACAAGCUGCUGCUCACCACCCCUUCAAAGAAGUUCACCUGCACAGGCCCAGUGGACGUCAGCAUCCAGGCAAAGUGUGAGCCCUGCUUGUCCAACCCCUGCAGAAACGACGGCACGUGCUCCACUGACCCUGUGCACUACUACCGCUGCACCUGCCCCUACGGCUUUAAGGGUCAGAACUGUGAGGAGCCCAUUCACGCCUGCAUCAGCAACCCGUGUCAGAACGGUGGAACGUGUCAUCUGAAGGAAGGAGAAGGAAGCAACUUUUGGUGUGUGUGUCCGGAGGGCUUCGAAGGAGACGCGUGCGAGAUCAACAUCGACGACUGCGAGGACAACGACUGCGAGAACAACUCGACCUGUGUUGACGGCAUCAACAACUACACGUGCAUGUGCUCACCUGAAUACACAGGGGAGCUAUGUGAAGAGAAACUGGAUUUCUGCGCACCAGAGCUGAACCCAUGUCAGCAUGAUUCAAAGUGCAUUUUGACCCCUAAGGGAUACAAAUGUGAGUGCACACCGGGCUACGUUGGUGAGCACUGCGAGUUGGACUAUAACGACUGUGAGGAGAACAAAUGUCAGAACGGAGGCCAGUGCAUCGACGCCGUCAAUGGGUACACCUGCGUGUGUCCAGAGGGAAACAGUGGGUUAUUCUGCGAGUUUUCCCCUCCCAUGGUCCUUCCUCGCACCAGCCCCUGCGACAACCACGACUGCCUGAACGGGGCGCAGUGUGUCGUCAUGGCAACCGACCCUCGUUGCCAGUGCAUCCACGGCUACGAGGGCGAGCGCUGCGAGACGCUCGCCAGCGUCAACUUUGUCAGCCGCGAGUCCUACCUGCAGCUCCCCUCCAACCUGCUGUCGCCACAAACCAACAUCAGCCUGCAGAUUGCUACAGAUGAGGACAGUGGCGUGUUACUGUAUAAAGGGGACAGCGAUCACAUUGCCAUAGAGCUGUACAGGGGCCGCCUUAGAGUCAGCUACGACACAGGAUCCUACCCUCCCUCUGCGAUAUACAGUGUGGAGACAGUAAAUGAUGGCAGUUUUCAUGCUGUGGAGCUGUUAGCGUCAGACCAGACUCUGUCUCUGUCCAUUGACGGUGGACCUCCUAAAUCCAUCAACUCCAUCAGCAAGCAGUCCACCCUCAACAUAGAGUCCCCGCUCUACCUUGGAGGGAUGCCAGAGCAGGCCUCAGCCUCUGGCGGCCUUUCUGCUCUGCAGCACAGCUCAGGAGGACGCAACGGCACCAGUUUCCACGGCUGCCUCCGCAACCUGUACAUCAACGGGAAGCUGCAGGACCUGGGGGCCGGGCAGGGCGCCGGGUCCGCGGGCCCUGGGACGGCACAGUGGCUCGGACACGGGGUGGAGCCGGGCUGCCAGCCGUGCCAGAGGGGCGUCUGCGUCCAGGGCGACUGCCACUCCACCGGACACCGCGGCUUCACCUGCACCUGCCACCCGGGCUGGACCGGAGCCCUGUGCGACCAGCAGGUCAACAACCCGUGUGACGGCAACAAGUGUGUCCAGGGUACCUGCCUCCCCAUCAACUCCUACUCCUACUCCUGUCGGUGCCAGCCUGGCUUCAGCGGCGUGCUCUGUGACGAGCAGGACCCGGACGCGGCUCACCCCUGCAGUCUGUCCCGCUGCAAGCAUGGCAAAUGCAGGGUGUCGGGUUUGGGGAAAGCGUACUGUGAGUGUAACAGUGGUUACACAGGGGAGGCGUGUGACAAAGAGGUGGCCUGCCGAGGCGAACGGGUCCGAGACGUCUACCAGAGGCAGCAAGGCUACGCGGCGUGCCAAACCCAGGAGAAGAUCUCCCGCCUAGAGUGCCGCGGCAGCUGCCCGGCGGGCGCCGACGGACAGGGCAGCUGCUGCACGCCCCUCCGCAGCAAACGCAGGAAAUACACCUUCCAGUGCACCGACGGCUCUUCUUUCGUUCAGGAGGUGGAGAAAGUGGUAAAGUGCGGCUGUACAAAGUGUUCCUCGUAAAAACAAGAAAAACAAACGGGAGACGACACUCUUGGCAGAUUCCCAUCCACCUCAGAUGUGUUCUGUGUCCCUGCCCGACCUUACCCAACACCCCCCACCCCCCCACCCCCCAUUCUUCAAGGUCCUGACCCCUCCUGCCUUCGUAGUUUUUUUCCCCCACCAGCUCUGUUUUUUAAAAACCCUGAAAAAGUAAAAAAAAAAAAAAAAAGAAAAAAAAGAGAAAAUUAAAAAAAACUUUUUUUCUUUUCCUGUCAGUGCUGGACUGAUGAUUGAGGCUUCCUUGUGGGGAUGUUGAAUUGUAUUGUAAAAAAACAGACUUAUUUUUUAUUAUGAAGUGGAAAAAAAAGACAAAAAAACACAAAGUUGACUUUUUCCUUUCAUCUACUUCUUGGUCUUGAUGACUCCAGUGAUGCCACACUGCAUCCACCCUAGAGGACUGAUCGGCCGCUGACGAGGCUGACAGCUUAGACUCCAUGCUUCCCGUCUGUGCGUGGUGUGUUUUAGCAGUAAUAUUAACUGGUAGAUGCACAGACUCACCACUAGGAGGAGCUGCAUUAAGGCACGGGAAAGGCAGUGAUAAGCCCCCUGCACCACAAGAAACCCACUGUAGUCUAACCGACCUCCUGAACCCUGUGAGACUGUGUGCACCAUCCUCCACACAGCUGCGCUCAACUCGUGGUAUUUUAUACAGCUACUGAAAACACACACACACACAUACAAAGGCGCUCACCUGUGUCAGAGUUCUCCAUGUUACCUGUCGGGUCAGAAACACUACUCUGUUUAUCUGCCCCCCGUCAAGAAUGACAAGUAUUUAUUGUAUCAUAAAUACCUGUACUUAUUCAGUAGAUUCCCCAUGUAUCAAUCUGAUUCUUUUAAUAUAUAUUAAUUUAUAUUUGUCCUUAUUUUUGUAUUAAAAAGACAUAAUCUGUCAAGAUAGCUAAACUAACAAAAUGGUGUCCUUUAUUUUGGUUGAAGAGAAGCUGUUUUUCUGAUCACUGAAACUAUUGUGCUUGCCAGAGACCUUAGUUACAUUUUAAUCUGCAAAUGUGACGUGAAGACAUUGUAUAUUUUUGUCGCGUUUCCUGAGAGUUUGUACUGUGCCAUUACCAGAAGGUCUUUAUAUUAGAGUAUAAAUGUAUAGAUAAUUUCCCUACCUGUGUAUUUCACAAACAGAUCUUGUGAGUAGCAUUGACCCUAGAGGAUGCUUAGAACUGUUUUUACCUUUUUAACAAAUUUAUUUCCUAAAGAAUACUGUGACUUUUCUAAAUGAAACUACUUUGUUAGCCCCUUGGUCUCCGAUGUUAACAUGUUGCUGCUAAGUUUUUGUACCGUAGACUUGGAUCCUGAUCUGUAUAUUACAUAGAACUUCCUGAUCCUACUGUACGGGGGACACCUUGUGUAACAGAUAAAUAUGUUCCCCUCACCUCUACACAUGUGCAUUGUGCUUUAUAUUCUCCCCCAUUCUCCAUCCUCAGACUAAUGUCAGUUCCCUAACUGAUGUUUGUUAAUUAAACACAAUAUUUACCUCA